UAUCUGAAUUUACAUCAUAAUCUGCUUUAUGACUUUCUGAUAUGCUUUCUCGGAUCUCGCUACUGGACGGUUUAAAUGAUUUAAGUUUUUCAGAGAAGAGAGCAGAAUAUGUUUUAAUAUCUCAAAUCCAGCAGCUAAACAUGUUGACCAUGAAAGCGCAGGUGGAUGUGGUCUGCUGUAAAUCAGUAGGAACUGAUCUGUCCAUGCUGGAUAUUGAGGAUUUCAUCACAGAAAUCUGUCAGCUGAAGAAAGAGGUGGCUUCACUGGAGGCAAAGCUGAGAGAAAGAGGAGACAAACUGAACAGAGAGGAUGUGGAGAAGGUUUCAAUGCGUGUGACUGAUGGGACAGAAGCUCAGGAUUCAGUCUGGAGCGUCAGAGAUCAGAGAUCCAGAGACACACAGGACUCAGAGCUCAGCCUCACUUUACUCUGUUAUACUGACGCUCAGGAUCAUGAAUCCACUGAUCAAACCUCUGACUGUAACGCUGGAGAACAGCAGAUGCUGCAGACGCCGCUGAAGACGUGCUCCGUCAAACUGGUGGACUGCAGGAACCUGAUAGAGAGCAGAGGAGACGAAACCACCGCAGAGAAAGAACAACAACACAGUGAUGAGGAAGAGGAGGAUGAUUAUGAUGAGAAUAAUGGGGAUGAUGAUGAUGAAGAUUUCAUUCCUCCAGAUGCCAUUGGUGGUUCAUCUUCUGAUGGAGAUGAAGAAACAGUCUCAACUUCAAAAGAGCAGCUGAAGACCAAGAGUUUCUCCUGCGCCACCUGUGGAAAAACACUGAGUUCACAGGGAAACCUAACGAGACACGAGAGACAACACACAGAACAGAAAUACUUCACUAACACCAGCUUUCCUACCGCAGAAGAGAGGAGACUUCAUUCAAAAGAGCACAGCAGGAAGGAGGACUUUCACUGUGAACAGUGCGGGAAGGAUUUUUUCACCAUUGCUCAUAAUAUGAAAGCUCAUAUAAAGACACACAACGAAAAGUCUUUCCACUGCAGCGAAUGUGACAAGUAUUUCAGCACCAAAGGAAAUCUUGAUGCUCAUAAGCGAAUCCACACGGGAGAAAAGCCGCACAAGUGUCCUCACUGCGAAAAGAGCUUCAAUCAUGGAUCUCAUCUGAAGAAACAUGUGCGUUUGCACACCAAUGAGAGGCCGUAUCAGUGCAGUGAAUGUGGGAAAACCUUCACAAACUCAAGCUCUCUAAAGUCACACCAGAAAAUACACUCUGAUGAGAAACCGUUUCAGUGCAAACACUGCGACAAACGAUUCCGUCACAAAUCUAAUCUGAACAAUCAUGAGAGGAUUCACACCGGAGAGAAACCAUAUCUGUGCUCCUACUGCGGGAAGAGCUUUUCUAGUCCAGCUUAUAUUGGACUUCAUCAGAGAAUCCACACUGGAGAAAAACCCUAUCACUGCAGCGUCUGUGGGAAGAAUUUCAGUAAGGUUGAUCAUUUACAAAAGCACAAGAGGAUUCAUACCGGAGAAAGACCGUUCAAAUGCUCACAGUGUGACAAGACGUUUGCUCGAUCAGACGUCCUGAAGAUCCAUGAGCGAGUUCAUACAGGAGAGAAACCUUACUCCUGCUCCAUCUGCGGCGAGAGAUUCACUUAUUUAGGUAGUUUUCAGACCCACCAGAAAAAACAUGCUAAAGAACAAACUGCUCCAGAAUCAUCGACUUUACAUGUCUUGGUCGGUCAAUAAAGGCUUUAUUUCUGCA